CUUGCCUUUUGUCAGUUAUUUUCUUUUGACAGUAUUUCUCUCACCAUGCUCGUGUUUGCUGUCAUUUUUUCAGGCCAACCUCAAAUUUAUGAAGUUACUUAACUUCAUUAAAAAUAAAAUAACCCAAUCACUUCAGUUUUAAGUUCAUUAAUGGUUUUUUUCCAUCUUCAUCUCUGUUUUUAACUCCUGUUGUCUUUCUUGGUCUUUUUUUCCUCCUCAGUGUCAGUCAUCCCUUCAAAGAUCGUGUAUUGUGUCCAUCCAGAAGCUGAUCUUAUCGAUCCCUCUGAUCAGAGGCGUGUCUGCAGGGCCGCCAUGUUUUCUCGUGACGUCACCAAUAGGGAAGUGAUCUCGUUGUUCUCCGUGGUUGCUGAGAGCUGCUGGAGGCUCGCGGACCUAAAACUGCUCUUCCUCCUCUUCCUCCUCGCGGACCAUGGACGGAAAUCAGACUUUCCCUCCUUCAGCAGCUCUGCGAACAUGAGCACGUCUAACCUGCCCACAGUGGAUGGCACUGAUAGGCUGUGUGUUUCUGAGCGUGCUCAGUGCAUCCCUUCCCGGGUUCUUCAUCUGCGUCAGCUUCCUCCUGACGUUUCUGAACAGGAAGUGCUUGCUGUGGCGCUUCCUUUUGGACGAGUUAGUAAGCUGAUCACGCUGAAGACUAAAAACCAGGCGUUUCUAGAAAUGAUGUCAGAGGAAGCAGCUGUUACCAUGGUGAACUACUACACUUCAGUCCCGCCCACCGUCAGGAACCAGCCAAUCUAUAUUCAGUAUUCAAAUCACCGCGAGCUCAAGACUGACAAUCUGACCAAUCAGAGAGCAGCGCUGCAGGCCAUCAGUACAGCAACAAUGCAUUCUGGGAACAUGGCGUCAGGAGGAGAGGGGAGGGGCUUAAUUCUUAGUCAGAGUCCUGUCCUGAGAAUCAUCGUAGAGAAUUUAUUUUACCCGGUGACACUGGAGGUCCUGCAGCAGAUCUUCAGUAAGUUCGGCUCGGUGUUGAAAAUCAUCACAUUCACCAAAAACAAUCAGUUUCAGGCUCUGCUGCAGUUCAGCGACGCCGUGCACGCUCAGCACGCCAAGGCGUCAUUGGACGGUCAGAACAUCUAUAACGGCUGCUGCACGCUGAGGAUCGACUUCUCCAAACUGAGCACGCUCAACGUCAAGUACAACAACGACAAGAGCCGAGACUUCACCCGCGCCGACCUGCCCACGGGAGAGCUGGACCCCACGGCUGCCUUCGGUGUGGCUCUUCCUCCCUAUGGAGCUGCUGCUUUCCCGCCAACCUUCCACCAACACACAGGUCUGUCAAUGGCGGCGGUCCCCGGCUCGUUGUUGUCUCCUCCUCGUGUCUCGCUGCAGGUAGCGCCCCCUGGUGUCCACUCGGUGCUGCUGGUGUCCAACCUGAACCCAGAGAGCGUCUCCCCUCACUGCCUCUUCAUCCUGUUUGGAGUCUACGGCGACGUUCAGAGAGUUAAAAUCCUCUUCAAUAAGAAGGAAAACGCUCUGGUUCAGAUGAGCGACGCCACGCAGGCUCAACUCGCGAUGAGUCACCUGAACGGCCAGCGUCUCCAUGGAAACGUGAUCCGGGUGACUCUGUCCAAACAUCCUGUGGUCCAGCUCCCUCGUGGGGGGGCGGGGCAAGAAGAGCAGGUACUGACCAGAGACUUCUCAGGCUCCGCCCUCCACCGCUUCAAAAAACCCGGGUCCAAAAACUUUAACAACAUCUUCCCUCCGUCGGCGACGCUGCACCUGUCCAACAUCCCAUCCACGGUCGGCGAGGACGCUCUGAAGGAUCUGUUCUCCUCCUCUGGAUUCACCGUCAAAGCCUUCAAGUUUUUCCAAUGACCUGAGUGAUCGUUGCAUGAUCGCCACAGUGAGGAACACAAAACUUCCUCAAAGCCACGCAUCGUUUAAGGAGAAAUAUGAAGCGUUUUGUUGAGCAGGCCUAAUCGAAGGUGUUGAAUGUGCAUGGAAGUAUUUUUAUGAUGGUUUCCAUGGUAUUUUUGAUAAACAUGCUCCCUUCAAGAAGCUCAGAGUAACAGGAGGUGAGACUCCGGGGUUUGGACCUGACAUAGAUGCAGCCUGGGCUAGAGCCAGGGGUUCUGGACUAAAUGCAUUUUAGACGUCUGAGGAACAAAUGGAGCGGGGUGAUUAGAAAUGCUAAAGCGGAGCACUUUCAGACAGCCUGAACAAUCCAAGGCUUUUCUGGAAGUCUAUAAAAUCCCUCUCUGGGAAUAAGAAAGGUCGUGAGUUGCCCCCCUGUAUUGUUCUUGAUUCUAAAGCAAUCACUGAUAAAGCCACAAUGUUAAAUUUGUUUAAUGAUCAUUUUAUUGCCUCAGGAUCACUCUUGGUCCUGGGUGUCCUGUGUAUAAAUCAUUGGCAUCAAAAACAUCUAUCAGUUCUGCACAUCAGGCCGCUGGUCUCGCUCUUUAAGAUGUUUACUUUUAGGCCGUUUCCUGUUGGCGAGGUGCAUCGAGCCCUCAGACUGUUAAAUGUUGGGAAACCGGCGGGCCUGCCAAACCUGGCAGCUGAUUUUAUUGCUAAACCUUUGCUUAUCUUUCUAACCUGUCCUUGGUCUGGACCAACAUUCCCUAUGUUUGGAAGUCUGCCUUUGUUCUCCCCUGUUAAAGGGGCUGACCCUUGGGAACAAUUACAGGCCGAUCUCUAAACUCUCAGUCUUAGCGAAGACCUUGGAAUCUUUAGUAAGCGACCAACUGAAAGAAUUUUUAACACUAACAGUCUUAGCUGAUUAUCAGUCAGGUUUUAGAAAGAAGCACAGUACAACCAUUGCUGCCUUGAAAGUAGGGAAUGAUGUUGAGUCCUUGGACAAUAAGGAGCACUGUGCAGCGUUUCUUAUUGAUCUGUGGAAGACUUUUGGUACUGUGGACCACGUCUGAAAGAUAGACUGCUGUACUGGUCUGUCUGAACAUUCUCUUUGUUGGUUUGGAAAUGAUUUAUCAGACAGAAACCAGUGUGUGCAGGCUGAGGGAUUUACCUCUAAAUAUCUUGAAGUUAAAAAUGGAGUGCAUCAGAGCUCAGUCCUGGGACUGCUGUUGUUUAAUCUUUAUAUCAACAGUAUGGGUCAAAAUGUUCAAAUGUUCAUUUAUAUGCUGAUGACACUGUCAUUUAUUGCUCUGCUCCUACAGCAUCAGGCUCUCUGUGGCCUACAGGGGGCUUCUGAUAUCGUACAGGACACUCUGCGAGUUAAAAUGGUUCUGAAUCCUGAAACAACCAAACUGAUGUUCUCAAACUCAAAGAGAAAAUCCCUGAACCUGCCGUCUGUUCCACGCCUCAGGGUGAUGUGACUGAGGUUGUGCCUUCUUAUAAAUAUCUUGGAUUCUUGAUUGAUGAUUCUUUGACUUUUAAGCUUCACAUUGAGCAACUUGUGAAGAAGUUAAAGGUGCAGAAAUAAGUCUUGUUUUUCAUUUACUGCUAAGAAAAGGCUUGUUUCUGAUUAUGGUGAUUUAAACAUGCAUGCAUCUUCUCAAUGCCUUAAAUCCUUGGAUAGUGUGCACCAUGGAGUGCUGAGGUUUAUAACCAUCCUUAAUCUUUAACUCAUCCUUGUACCCUGUAUGAUGGCGUUGGCUGGCCUUCUUUAUCACAGCAUAGGCUAAACCAUUGGCAUGUCUUUAUUUAUACGGCUUUACUUAAUCUGCUCCCAUCAUAUUUGUGUGAUCUUAUUCAUGUGAAAAGUUCUGGAAGUUACAGUCUUCACUCUGUGACUCAGUCACAACUCUUAUUUUUCUUACUGACUUAUCUUUCUGUUCCCAAAGUCCGUCUUGACAUGGGCAAAAGGAGUUUCAGCAGCCUGGAAUCUACUGUAGCAGACUCCAUGUCUGGGGAGCUGGUCUCUUUAAAUCUUUUUAAAAGUCGACUGAAGGCGUUGGAGGAUGAUGCUUCAAGUUGUAGGUGUUUUGACUUUGUGCUCUGUGAUCGGCGAUCUGUUUGACCCGUGUUUAUAACUCUAAUAUUUCAUGUCUGUAACUCUGUUCAUGGUGCUGCUGCCCUUCUUGUCCUGGACACGCUUGUAAAUGAGAUUUUUGAUUUCAAUGAGGCUUUCCUGGUUAAAUAAAAUAAAAAAUAAAAACACUGGAGUAGAAAACAGCAAAAGCAGCCCUCCUAAGGCGGUCAGUGAUCUAGAGAAUUCAGGGACUUUUCUGAAAAAACUGCUCCUGGUGGGUCUGUCAGGAAAUGUAAAACGGUUUAUAAUAAAGCUGCAGAUCUCUCUGGGUCCUGGAACGGGACUUCUCUUCAGGAGGACUCGGAGGGAGCCGGACUAGGCUUGGGACCAUCUUCCCUGCCUUGUCUGAGGUGAGGCUCCCUGGCUCAGGUGAGACUAGUGUUGGUGGACACUCCUACUCCUGGUCUAGCCAUGCUGAGGGUGGCACUGGUGGUUCUGAGCCAACUGGCCCUCUUGGUAUUGGAGGUCAGGCCGUUCAGUGACCGUUUACUACAUGCCAGACCCCAUUCAGUGGGCUCGGUCUCGUUCAUCAGGGUCUACGCUCAAACAGGGGAGAGGGAACUCUCUGUAAGCAUUGGACACAGACUCCACUUGGUGGUAGAUUCUGUUCCCAGGGGUGAUGCCCUGGUCCUGACUUUGAUGCUACCACUGGCGCUGACAGGGAGGGCUAUGGUUGGUCCUCCCGGCUCUGGAGCCCCCCAGUGCUCCUUGAGUUUGUCAGCAGUUGGAGCUUGAUGAUUGCUAGAUCGUGGUUCUGUAGACCUGAUUCACGCUUGGUAUUCUAAUGUUAAAGAAGGAGAAUGACCAUGUACUUAUAAACAGAUGCUGGAGGCUGCUGAGGGACCACAGGGUUUUCAGGAGUGCUUGGUUCUUAAGUAGUGACCAUCGGCUUCUGGUCCCAACCCUGAAAUUGCAGCGAAGGUUCCCAGGAAGGCAGACUCUGGUCCAAUCUGAUUGGAUGUUGGUGGCCUUCAGCCAGAUGAUGCACAGGCGUGUGGGCUAGGCAUGUGGGCCAGUGCUGAUCUCCAGAUGGAUGCUGAAGACUCAGUGACUGUGGACUCACCUGUAGGCUGAGAUCCACCAACUGUUGGGACUCACCAGACCAGGCUGAAGGCUGGGAAAGCUCCAGGUGUAGGAGGGAUCCAGGCUGAAGGCUGGGAAAGCUCCAGGUGUAGGAGGGAUCCAGGCUGAAGGCUGGAAAUGCUCCAGGUGUAGGAGGGAUCCAGGCUGAAGGCUGGGAAAGCUCCAGGUGUAGGAGGGAUCCAGGCUGAAGGCUGGAAACGCUCCAGGUGUAGGAGGGAUCCAGGCUAAAGGCUGGAAACGCUCCAGGUGUAGGAGGGAUCCAGGCUGAAGGCUGGAAAUGCUCCAGGUGUAGGAGGGAUCCAGGCUAAAGGCUGGAAACGCUCCAGGUGUAGGAGGGAUCCAGGCUGAAGGCUGGGAAAGCUCCAGGUGUAGGAGGGAUCCAGGCUGAAGGCUGGAAAUGCUCCAGGUGUAGGAGGGAUCCAGGCUGAAGGCUGGAAAUGCUCCAGGUGUAGGAGGGAUCCAGGCUAAAGGCUGGAAACGCUCCAGGUGUAGGAGGGAUCCAGGCUGAAGGCUGGGAAAGCUCCAGGUGUAGGAGGGAUCCAGGCUGAAGGCUGGAAACGCUCCAGGUGUAGGAGGGAUCCAGGCUGAAGGCUGGAAAAGCUCCAGGUGUAGGAGGGA